GUAUAGCUUUAAAUUUCUAGGUUAAUUAUAAUCCAACAUAUUCCCCUUCUUCCCCUUGACGCAGAUUGGAGCAUGCCUUGUCAGUGGUGCAUGACCCACUGAGCAUGAGCAAUAUGUCCUGUCUGCUCCUGGUACAUCACGUAUAUUUUCACAACACUGAAAAUACCCAAUUUGAUCAAGAGAGGAUGAAAUGAAUAUUUGUAAAGCUCUAGUAUAGCACUGGGCACAAAGUAGCUGAAUAAUAGAACUUCUUUUUCUAAUCCCAUGCUUCUUUCCCCAGAAAAAGGUGAGUGCUUUGGAAUGAUGAAACAAUCCUCCUGUUGGUUUUUAGCUGGAAAAGGAGCCCACUCAGUGAACCUUUAAAAAAAAAAGGAGCUGCUCCCAUGGUCUCCAUUCUUUUUCUGCAUAUAAAUAAUAUAAGCACCCUUAGAAACUUUCUUUUGAGGAAUAAAAAAUGGGCUGCCUUCCCACUAGGUGAGUUGAAUUGAGUCUAGACCUAAGAAUUCCUGGCUGCCUGUUUUUAUUUUUUGCUUUGUUUUUCUUUCCAGCAAUGAUGUUGAGAUGGACCAAUCUUGGAGAAAUUUGCUAAAUCUUAAAAUCUCGUGUCCCCCCUUGGCAAUUAACUGAGAACAAAGGGAAUCUCUGCAUUGGAUAAAGUGACCAAAGAACUCUGGGUUUAUCAGAAGAGAAGAGUCUGGAGGGAAUUAUUUAGAUUGUGCAAAAUAUCUGGAAACCUCAUCACAUCUUAAAGUUUUAAGCAACAACCUCCCAGAAGAAUGGAAGUUACUGUAUCCUGUCAAGGAUCAUACAUCUGAAGUUAGAAGAGACCUAAGAGGUCACCUGAGGCAAAUCCUUCCUUUUAAAUUCCGAAACUGAAGCCCAGGAGGAAUGGGAGAGCAGAAAUCUCAGAAUUAUGCAAGCCUCCCACCAGGUAGGGAUCAAGGUUGCUGGAGAAUUGGAAGGCUCCAAGAGAUCCCAUGGUCAUGGAGGCAAAUGCAGGUCCCUGAUGGUGACGUCUCCAUUCAGGUGGUUUCAGGUAUGGAUGCUGCUCUGGGCCCUGGUGCUGAGGGGAGCGGCCGCUGGCUCUGCCGGGGCAGCAGAGUAUCAUUGGAGCGGGGAAGGCACUAACCGCCACCUGGAGUCUCUGUUCCUGGGCAGGUGUUACGAGUAUAUCUUCCUGGUGAACCCGGACCUCAGGGACAAAAACUGCUCAGCAAUAUGGGAAGCCUUUAAAUCUGUGCUCCGCAAGAGUCCCUGCUCUGUACUGCCUUCAGACUACGACCUUUUUAUGAACCUGUCAAGACACUCCAUUCCCAGAGACAAGUCACUGUUCUGGGAAAAUAACUACUACCUUGUUUCUGCUUAUGCUGAUAACACCCAACGGCUGAUGACUCUAAGCGAUACGCUGUAUGGCGGAGUAGCAGAUUUGCUCAUGUGGUGUCGAGAAGAAAAUGGCACAGACUUUGAUUACCAGUCCUGCCCCACAGAAAAAGACUGUGAGAAUAAUGCUGUGGACUCCUUCUGGAAGCGACUCUCCUCCCAGUUUGCAUAUGAUAGCUCCGGGGUGAUACAUGUUAUGUUGAAUGGUUCAGAGCCAACUGGAGCAUAUCCAGUAAAGGGUUUUUUUGCAGAUUAUGAAAUCCCCAACUUCCAAAAAGAUAAAGUCACACGAUUUGAGAUCUGGGUUAUGCAUGACAUUGGAGGACCAUAUUUAGAAUCCUGUGGAGAAGGCAGUAUGAAAAUACUGGAAAACAGGCUGAAAAACAUGGAGUACAAAUAUGAAUGCAUUAAUAAUUACAGAUCUGUGAAGUUCCUACAAUGUCUGGACCAUACGGCCCACUCGGACUGUGUCUUUAGUUCAGCAGCAGAGUCCACACAACAAAGAUUCCUCUCUCUUUUUGGAAGAAAAUGGGACCCCAUCCUUCUAGUUAUUCUAUUUGUGUCAUUGGCUUCAGGAAUUCAUCUUUAACUUCUUAAUGAAAUCAGAGACUUUUUGAGAGUGAUCCACUCCUGAAA